AUGGCUUAUCUGCACACACUUCUGACGCUGCUCACCCGCGGCCGCGUGGGGCUGCUGCAAGAAGAGCUGGGUCUGCUGCUGUACCAUAUCGCAGACGUGGACAUGCCGUCGUUCUUUCACGAGUGUCUGCCGCAGUUUGUGGGGGACGGCGGCGCCGACUCGCUGCAGUGCUGGACCGGACAAGUGGAUGAGCCGACGUUCGUCAAGGAGCUGGGGCAUUUUCUCAUCGAUUUUCGAGUCGGCCACGCCCGGCAGUUUCAGAAUGAUUCAUUCACCCAUUUUUCGAAAUGCCGCCAUUGUACCGGGCCUCCUUUCUCCGUGACCAUCCACGAGGACAACACCAUCGAUAACCUCAAGGAGAAGAUCGCGAUCAAAACGAUGUAUCAAUUCCCAGCCUACAGCUUGGAACUCGUCAUGGCGAAGGAUGGUGCCGGGUUCUCCUGCGAAGCCGCACCAGCGGUGACACUCGAUGAACUCCAAGACGUCCAACGUUUCAAGGCGAUGAGGCCAGCGCUCUCGAUGAAGAAAGCGUUUGGAGGCACAUUCCCAUCAAACGAAGAAGAAGUUUACGUGUUCGCGGUCGCCCCCAAGUGGCGAUUGUUCUGCGUCGUUGUCGGAGGUAUUGGGCCUCCUUUCCCCGUCACAAUCCGCGAGGACGAGACUGUCGGCGAGCUCAAGGAAAAGAUCGCGAUCAAAACGAUGUAUCAAUUCCCAGCCUACAGCUUGGAACUCGUCAUGGCGAAGGAUGGUGCCGGGUUCUCCUGCGAAGCCGCACCAGCGGUGACACUCGAUGAACUCCAAGACGUCCAACGUUUCAAGGCGAUGAGGCCAGCGCUCUCGAUGAAGAAAGCGUUUGGAGGCACAUUCCCAUCAAACGAAGAAGAAGUUUACGUGUUCGCGGUCGCCCCCAAGUGGCGAUUGUUCUGCGUCGUUGUCGGAGGUAUUGGGCCUCCUUUCCCCGUCACAAUCCGCGAGGACGAGACUGUCGGCGAGCUCAAGGAAAAGAUCGCGAUCAAAACGAUGUAUCAAUUCCCAGCCUACAGCUUGGAACUCGUCAUGGCGAAGGAUGGUGCCGGGUUCUACUGCGAAGCCGCACCAGCGGUGACACUCGGUGAACUCCAAGACGUUCAACGUUUCAAGGCGAUGGGGCCAGCGCUCUCGAUCAAGAAAGCGUUUGGAGGCACAAUCCCAUCAAACGAAGGAGAAGUCUACGUGUUCGCGGUCGCCCCCGACCAACCUGCCGCAAGCACCGCGGCGUCGCUUGUCGAGUACAAGAAACACAAGAGAAACGAAGACGAGAGCUCCAUGUCGAUUUCGAGGUUGUCGCUUCCGAAAAUCGCACAGUUGGGGUAUUCCACAAAAGGGUGGACGUUGCCGCCGGUGGACGGUGUCCCGCGGUAG